AUGGCGUCUUUUGAACAAAUCGAACAAUUACGACAAGAAUUUACAGUUGAAAAGUUUCGUUUUGAACAAAAAUUACAUGAAUCCCAAAAAGAACUAUAUUCAUUAGAAAUCCGAAACAAAGAUUUAAAUUAUAAGUUUGAAGAUGUUCAAAAACUUUUGGAUAAUGCUGAAAAUGAAAAGAAUAACUUAAUAAAUGAAAAUAAAACUGUUACUGAAGAAUUAAAGAAACUCCGGGAAGAAUUUUCUUCCCGAGAAAGAAGUUACCAGGAAGAAAAAGAAAAGAAAACGACAUUUAUUAAUUUGACGGAACAAGAAAGAAAUUUAUUAAAAGAUAAUGUCGAGCAAUUAUCAAAAUUGAAUUUGAAAUAUCAAAAACAAGUAUUUGAUUCACAAUAUGAAUUGAAUAACUUAAAAAAAAAGGAAUUCGAAACAAAAGUUUUGGAAUCAUUAAAAUUAAAACUUGAUAGCAUGGAAAAUAAUAUGAAGGAAUUAGGAAAAAAUAAUUCAAAAGUUUUAUCUACGCAUGUUUAUUCCUUAACUCAACAAGUGAACGAAUUAACCAAUGAAUUAGAAAAAUAUAAAAAUAAAUCAUCACAUUAUGAAAGAGUGGCAGAAGAACAAAUAUCAAUUGCUCAAAAUGCUACACAUGAAAAAGAAGAUAAAGAACAAUAUUAUGAAAAUUUGCUUAAAGGAGUAAUAAAUGAAGCUUUAUCAUUAAAAGAAGAAUGUAAAUUAUAUCAAAAAGAAAAGGAAGCCGAUAAACAAAUGUUUGAAGAUAUGGAAUUAGAAAAAACUAGAUUAAGUCGGAUAUCCGUUCUUGCCACCACCGCUCCAGUUGGUGCAGUUGAAUUAGCAUUACAGGAAAAAGGCAGAUCAAUUGUCGAUAUGUACAAUGAAUAUACCAAUCUACAAGAUUUAUUAUUCCAUGAGAAAUCAAAAAAUUCUGAUCUUAAUGACAUUAUAACAAUGCUUAAAUAUGAACUUGAUGGCUACGAGUCAAAUACUGAACAGAAUAAUGUCAGAUUUAAUCAACUUCUUGAAGAAAAUAAAAUUAUUAAAGAACAGUUAAAAUUAAAUUAUUCAGAAAUAUCUCGAUUAAAUUCAAAUAUAAAAAACCUCGAGACAGCAAAUCUAAGUUUAGAAGAUCUUAUCACUCAGAGAACUCAAGAAAUCAUACAACUAAAGGAUAAGAAUAAAUUCAUUAACGAUAAAUUUAAUUAUUUUUAUGAAAAGAAAAUUGAUAAUAAAUUUCUAAAUGAAAAAUUACCUGAAGAUCCUCGCAAAUUACAUGUACUUUGCUUUAAUCUUAGAACUGAAAAAAUUAAUUUACAAAGAAAUAAUGCCGCUCUAGAGAAUCAUAUAGAAUCAUUUAAAUCUCAAUUAUCUUUAAGAGAUGUUGAAGAUAAAACUACUGCUCAACAUAUUCAUAAACUUCAAGAGCGUAUUCAACAAUUCAAUAGACAAAUUGAAACUUUGGAAAACGAAAGAAAACAACAUUUAGAAAUUGCAUUUAGGAAUAAAAAAUUAAAAGAAGAAAAUCAAGAACUUAAAGAUAGAAAUGAACAUUUAUUAAAAGAAUUAAAAAAUCAUGAAGAAAAUGGUCAAUUGUUUAUUGAUGAAAUGAAUAGUUUUGAAUUAUACAAAUCAACAUGUGAUAAUAAAAUAAAGAAUUGGGAAGAACAAGAAUGGCAGGAUAUUAAGAAUAUUUUACAUCAAUCACGAAGCUUUAAUAGUCAACUUGAAAAUCAACUUACUAAGUUACAAGAAGAAAACAGAGUAUUACGUACGGAAUUAUCAAAUACCAAAUCUUCAUUAUCCAUUCAAGAAACCAAAUGGAAUGAAUUAAAAAUUAGUUUUUCAAAUGAGAUGAUGGAUCUCUUAAGUGAUAGUGAAAAAGCUGUUCACCUAGAAAAAGAAUUUUCAUCACUGGUAGAACAAAAGAAACGAUUAGAAAAUGAAUUAAAUCAAUCAAAUGAUAGUUUAAUAUCAGCAAGAACCAAAAAUGAUUUACUACAAAAUCAAUUAAAUGAAUUAAAUGAGAAAUUUAGUUUAAGUUUAAAGAGAAAAGUUGAAGAACAUGAAAAAAUAUUAAAUGAGAAAAUAGGUUGUCAAAAGGAAAUUAAAGAACUUUCGGAAAAAUUAAAAGUUAAUAAUGCAAUAAUUGAAUCACAAGCAAAAGAAAUUGAGAAAUAUUCCAAUCAAUCAACUGCAAUAUUUGAUAUAUCCGAAAUCUCUGAAGGACAAGAAAAUCGAAUUAUCCAAUUAAAUAAAUUUUAUAAAGAAUUAUGUGAUAAAUAUAUGGUUGAUCUUAACAAACAACAAUCUUUAUAUGAUGAACUUAAAUCCGCUACUGAUAUUGAACGCGAAGAAAACUCGACAAAAAUCAUAAACCUACAAGAAGAAAUUAACCAAUUAACCGAGAAAUUAACAGCUAUAUCAAAUGAAUUAGAUGAAAAUACCAAUAAUCUUGUCGUAAAUGAUCAAGCAUAUAAAAACACUUUAAUCACUUUAAAUUCUCAAGAACAACAUUUAAAUGAAGAAUUAAAAAGACUAAAACAUUCAUACGAAGUAGCACAAAAUAAUUAUAAUCAAACACUUAUUGCUCAUGCUGAUAAUACUAAACAAUUACAUAAAAUUAAUGAUGAAUAUUCGAAAUUGAAGUUUGAAUAUAAUAAACUUCAAAAUACUUUAGUACAAUCAGAAUCUUUAUGGAAAAAUGAAAAGGAAAAUGUGGAAAAACGUUCACUGGAACUUGAGAAACGUUUCAAAGAACUUGAGAAUGAAAAUAAAUCCCUUCAUGAACAUAUUAAUAAUAAUUCUUCAUCAGAUAGUGAUCAUUUAAUUUCUAAUUUACGACAAGAAAGAGAAGUUUUUUAUCGACAAGCAGAAAGAUAUAAAGUUCAAUUUGAACAAGCUCUGAAAUCUUUAGGUGAAGUUCGAAUAUUACUUGAUAAGGAACGAGAAUUUAAUAAAAAGAUCCAAACAGAAUCAGUUGGUGACCUAACAGAAGAAAAUACUCAUCUAAAAAUUCUUAGUGAAAGUAAUAAAGCACUAAGAGAAGAAUGUGAAAAUUUAGAAAAAACUGUGAAUGAUCUUCAAUCAUCUAAAAAUGAAUUUGAAGAAAAAGUAUCAAUUCUUAAAGGACAAAUUCAAGAUUUGAAAUUUGAAAAAGAUAAUUGUGUACAGGAAAUAGAAAUAAUUAAAAAAGAAAAUGAAGAAUUACAUGAAAGAUUUAAAGUUAUUUUAGAGAAAUAUGAUAUUGAAGAUCCUACUGAAUUACAAAAAUUGAAAUCAGACUUAAAAUCAUUCGAAAGUGAAAUAGAAAGAUUAAAAGCAGAAAAUGCCAAAUAUAAGAGACAGAGUGAACAAGUAGAAACUGAAAAAUCUCGUUUAACCGAAGAAAAUGCAAAAGAAAAAGUACGAUUAAAUCAAGAAAUUCAAAAUUUGCGUAACCAAUUAUCUUAUCUUCAAAAGAAUAAUCAAAUUAAACAAGCGGGUCAAGAUAAAGAAUUAGAACAAUUAAAAAGACAGUUAGAAAAUUCUCAACAAAUAAAUUCCGAAAUUACCAAGAAAUUUAAUUUAACUCAACAACAAAAAGAUGAUCUCACAAAUGAAUUAAAAGUGGUUAAAGAACAACUUGAUUCAAUUAAAGAACAAAUGGUUGAAACUAUGCGAUUUAAAGCUCAAGAAUCAAUGUUUAUAAGUAAAGUUAAAAAAUUAGAAGAACAAAAUAAUGAUUUACAUCAAAAAUUACAACAGCAGCAACAAUCUAUUUUAGAAAAAUCUAAAUCUGUUGAAACUAUUCAAACUCAAGAUAAACUAACUCAAACUGAUGAAAUUUCAACAAUAACAAUAAUUCCAAAUACUUCCGAAAAUAUGACUACUACUACUCCGGCUACUUCCGAACAUUUAAUACCUUCAACAUCUGCUUUUCCAGUUAUAGCACCUAGAGAGAAACCACCAGUUAAAUUACAAAGAAAUCGGAUGCAGCAAAUUAUACAACAAGAAGAAAAACCAAAAUCAAGUUCAUCGGAUCAAAAAAAUGAUGAUGAUGAAUCUCGAUUAAAUGAUUAUAUAAAAAAACAAAUGGGAAAGGUUCACUUUCCAUUUUUCAGAAAAGAAAUGGUCGACAAUUAG